CAGUAAUCGAGCAGUAUCUGGAGGCAGUUCCUUCGCAGAAAUCCUUCUCUUCAUCCUUUGGGAAAUUAGCCGCUAGAAUGUUUGCAAAUUUCGUGCGAAUAGUUGCUGCACUCGUUUGCGCGUCCUUGGCCUGUGUUUACGCUCAAGAUACUCAGUCUCAAGGAUCAUCAAUAAAAGUGUCACAAACAUGUUUGGGAUGUAUUUGUGAAGCUGCAUCUGGAUGCAAUACUACUCUUGGAUGUAAUGGUGAAGUUUGUGGACCGUUUCGAAUUACUUGGGGCUAUUGGGCAGACGGUGGUAAGCCUACACUUAAUGAUGAGCCCAAUUCUGCUGAAGGAGCUUACUCACGCUGUGUAAAUGAGCCAUUUUGUGCUGCCCGUGCCAUUGAAGGUUACAUGAACAAAUUUGGUCAAGACUGUAAUGGAGAUGGAGUGAUCAAUUGCGAUGACUUUGUUCGUAUACAUCGUCUUGGGGGAUAUGGCUGUAGUGGAGGAUUGGAUGUGAAGUACGAGAAUGCUUAUAAAGCCUGCAUACAAACAUUUGGUUGAAGAAAUGAUUUUGCAGACUUAAGCGUAGCGUUAAGAUAAGACCUCCGAUGCUUUAACGCUAUGCAAUAAGAUAUUGCAAUUUCUAUCCUGUGAAACAAUCCAUUCAAUAGAUUUUAUUAAAGUUUCAUACAUUUAUUCAGUGACAACUGCCAUGCUCAAUAUUUGUAAGGAAAUUGAUAUAAAAUUAAUUUUUUUUUACAUAAUAAAGUAUGUAAUUAUUUUAUACAU